AUGCUUACCGAAAUUCUCGGCUGGCUUCUUGUGGUGAAGCUCUGCUGGACCGUCAAUAUGUCGUUUGAACGGGAGUGUCAGGUGGUGCUGGCCUUCACAUUCCGCCUGCCACUUAUUGCGCUUUCGGCCUUUCAUCUGUCAUAUUUUGACAAGUAUUUGGAGUCGGAUGAACCCCAGUUCGCCGUGAAUAGCAGUCUCCUAUUCCAACAGACCAUGAUCCUAUGGUCUCUUGACUCGGCAACGGUCCCCAACCUGAAAAAUUUCAUGAAAUCUUUCUGCAUUGGGAUGGGCCUUCCGGUGGCUUUUGACAUUAGCGGCUACGGAUCUAGCAACCUGUAUGCCAUGCGGUCAUUGAAGAACAAAUCUCAAGCCACGUCAUCAGCCGUCGGGAGCGUCACCGCCACAUCGUCAGGAUUGAUAAGAGACGACGUGGACACAGAGCACCGCGUCCGACCUCAGGCUUGGAGGCCCGACCAACUUGCUCACCGAACUACGAUCAUUAACCACACUGAUGGUAGGCCCGACGAGGAGGAACAAAGCUCGAGGAAUGGCAGUCAAGAGUUGAUUAUCAACAAGGAAGUGGUCUGGAGGGUCGAAUAUGAUACUCAACGUGCAUAG